AUGCUGCUCACAGCAGCGACAGCAGCGCGAUGUAGCGACAACAUCGUCGAUGCUGUAGCCAGCCUUUUGGGUGGGUGGACGAGGAAAUUGGGCGGUGGAUCUCAGUCGCAACCUCAACCCGCCGUCCGUCGACCAUCAGUUUCUUCCGCCGGAAGCACACUCAUUCAGUUGACUCUCCCUCUCCUGACUCCUGCCCUGGUGACGCCCGCGCUCGCCUUGCGACUUGCGAGAUUUGGCUGCAUUCGAUUGAAUUGUGAUUUGGAUUUUGGCACAUUUGCCAUUUGGGACUUUCGAUCGCUAAUUGUUGACGUUGACCGGUCAAUGUUUGUCCGGGCUGAACUUGAAGGCUGGGUUGUGAUAGGGCCGCCAGGCUCCGGCAAGACCACUUACUGCAACGGCAUGUCCCAAUUCCUCCAACUCAUCGGACGGAAAGUUGCAGUUAUUAAUUUGGAUCCCGCCAAUGAUGCCUUGCCAUAUGAAUGUGCUAUAAAUAUUGAGGAUCUUGUUAAACUCAACGAUGUAAUGGGCGAGCAUUCCCUUGGUCCCAAUGGAGGUCUGGUGUAUUGCAUGGAUUAUCUGGAGAGUAAUAUUGACUGGUUAGAAUCCAAAUUGAAACCCCUGCUCCAAGAUCACUAUCUACUCUUUGAUUUCCCUGGCCAAGUCGAACUCUUUUUCCUUCAUGAAAGUGCAAAAAGAGUUAUCAUGAAACUCAUAAAGAAGUUAAAUCUCAGGUUGACUGUAGUUCACUUAGUUGACGCCCAUCUUUGCAGUGAUCCUGGGAAGUAUGUUAGCGCAUUGCUUCUUUCUUUAUCAACCAUGCUACACUUGGAACUUCCUCAUGUCAAUGUUUUGUCUAAGAUUGAUCUUAUUGAAAACUAUGGGAAGCUUGCUUUCAACCUCGACUUUUACACAGAUGUGCAAGAUUUAUCUUAUUUACAGCAACAUCUUGAUCAGGAUCCUCGUUCUGCUAAGUAUAGAAAGCUUACAAAGGAGCUGUGCGAGGUGAUAGAGGAUUACGGUCUGGUCAACUUCACGACUUUAGAUAUUCAGGAUAAAGAAAGUGUUGGCAAUCUAGUUAAACUAAUUGACAAGAGCAAUGGGUAUAUAUUUGCUGGUAUGGAUGCAAGUGCAAUUGAGUUCAGCAAAAUUGCAGUCGGUCCGGUGGAUUGGGAUUACUACAGAUAUCCUUCUGCUUGGAUGUCCAAUCGUGCAACUAUUUACUCAUUUAUUUAA